AUGAAGUUCAACUUAUUAUUCUUCGUCACAGCGGCGCUUGGCCAGAACUUAUUCGGAGGAGGUGCUCCAGCUGAACAGCAGGCCCCACCAGAGCAAGGAAAUGCAUUCGAUUUCAACUCAAUGUUCGCAAACUUGUUUGGAGGCGGAGGAGAUAUUUUCUCCAUAGGCUCCAACAACAACAAGCACUACAACAACCAGUACGACUACUACUACAACAACAACUACAACCACAACUACGACUACAACGACGACAACAACUACUACCACAACUACAACUACAACUACAACAACUACUACGACGACAACAACUACAACCACAACUACCACUACCACAACAACGACAACGACGACAACUACUACUACCACAACUACUACCACAACGACGACUACAACUACAACAACGACUACAACUACAACAACGACUACAACCACAACUACCACGACGACAACAACAACUACAACCACAACUACAACAACGACUACAACGACAACUACCACGACGACAACAACAACUACAACCACAACUACAACAACGACUACGACUACAACUACCACGACGACAACAACUACUACCACAACUACUACUACAACUACUACCACAACGACGACUACAACUACAACGACAACAACAACAACUACAACCACAACGACUACGACUACAACUACCACGACGACAACAACUACCACCACAACUACUACAACAACUACUACCACAACGACGACUACAACUACAACUACGACUACAACGACAACUACAACGACGACAACAACAACUACAACCACAACUACGGCAACGACUACAACUACCACGACCACAACAACUACUACUACAACAACAACUACAACUACAACUACAACGACGACAACCACUACUACCACAACUACCACAACUACCACAACUACUACGACCACAGCUCAACCUCCUCCACCACCACCUGCAGCACCAGCUGCCGGAGCUGA